AUGCAGCACGAGGCGCCGGAGGCCCUGGAGGACCCGCGCACCGGGCGGGAGGUGAGGAGCAGCCGGGACGCGGGGAGGCCGCCGCCCUGCAAGGUGGCGGUCCUGACGGCCCUCUCGCUCGCGGCGUGCGUCGCCUUGCUGUGCGGCGCCGCGGUGCUGGCGAAGCGGCUGCUGGGCCCGAGCGGCGGGGUCGCGUCGCUGCGCCCGGCGCCUUACGCAGCAGCGGGCCGUGCGCAGGGCGCCCGAAGCCCGCCCCUGCCGCUGGCCGAGCCUGUCGAGCCGGCGCCCAACGGCACGCUCGGUGUGCAGGCGGGCCCGGGCGCGGAGUGCCGCGGGGGGCGGGCCGCCGUGUGCGAGUGCGUGCUGAGCUGCGCGGCCUUCGGGCGCCGGCGGGAGGAGUCCCCGCGGGAGGAGUGCCGGGGCGCGGGCGGCUCGGCGCGGGAGGUCGCGGAGGCGGUGCAGGCGAGGGCCUCCCGAGAGGUGAAGGACCUCUCGCAGGUGUGCAGCGGCAUGGCCUGCGUCGUGCGCUGCGCCCAGGAGCUCGGGUGCUACCACGACCGGCUGCGGAGCGACUGCGCGAGAGUGCAGCGCCUCUCCGAGGCCAGCGGGGCCGCCUGCACCCUGAGCUGCGAGGGCCCGCUGCGUGCGGGGGCGCCCGGGGAGGAGCCAGAGGAGCCCGCAGCGCAGCACGACCGGCGUCGGCCGCGCAGGCUGCUGGCCAGCUGA